UUAUCUUUUUAUUCAUAAAUCACUAUUAUACGACAGAGGUCAUUUUCUGAUUUUCAUAAAGAAAUUUUGUAAACGCUACACCUCAUUAUUUCUAAUUUCUUCUUUUAUAGAACACAUAAUUCAUCAUAACUAAAUAAUGGCUUCAUUCCUACGAUCCACCAAAUUAGCCGCUAGGCUCACACAAGGACCAACUAAAUGCUUUUCAAGAAAUUAUGCUGAUCAAAUGAACUUCACAUUUGCUGCCGCCAAUCAAAUUUUUUACGCCAACAAAAAUAUCAAGCAAGUUGAUGUACCAUCUUUUAGUGGUUCAUUUGGUAUCUUACCUAAUCAUGUACCCACAUUGGCUGUUCUCCGCCCUGGAGUUGUAACGGUAUAUGAAGAUGAAGGAACAUCAAAAAAAAUAUUUGUUUCUAGUGGAACGAUAACUGUAAAUGAAGAUUCUAGUGUUCAAGUUUUGGCUGAAGAAGCUCACCCAAUUGAAGAUAUUGAUGGAUCAGCCGCACGUCAAGUACUACAAGAGGCUCAAAGUCAACUCUCAACUGCAUCAGGUGAUGUUGCCAAGGCAGAAGCUGCAAUUGCUGUUGAAGUAGCUGAAGCACUUGUUUUAGCAGCAGGAAACUAAUACUGAACGUAAACUAUGUAUUAUAUUAGUAUGGAAAUUUGUUUAAAAAUUUUGUCAUACACAAUUAGGUUUAUCAAAUUAAAUUGAAUUUCUACAUGUUCCGUUUUGUUUGCUGGUUUUUAAAAUUUAAAAUUAUAAUUAUUCUCAUCAGUAUCCAAUAAAAAAAAUUCCACAAAUA